UGGCGCAGGCGAGCGCCGUCGAGCAAACUGUUUCUUCAACUUAAAACCUUAGUUAGCGGCGCCGUGUAGCGUGACGUGAGGUUUGGCGCGGUCAAAAAUGAAUCACUCGCUGGCAAUCGCCGUGUGCAUUGUUUUUAUCUUAAAUCGAUGACUCGGAAGUUGAUAUGAACGUCGCAACCAAAAUGAAUGUCCUCAGUGGGAAGUUGAGACGCACGGCUCCCAUGCAAGGCAGCAGCCGAAACGAACUGGUCUCGUCCAAGACCCCGCGCGUGAACGGUUGGACGUGGCCCCCUCAGGUCUUCCAAGUCAUUGCCUGGCUGUUGUACAACUACCUCGCCGUGGUCGCCUUUGGCAUGUUCAUCCCCCUCCUACCUCUGCCUUGGAACCACGUGCUCUACACUUUUACAGGUUUGGCCUUUCUUGUGCACUUGCUCAGCCAUGUCGCCGCGGUCACCAUAGAUCCAGCCGAUGACAGCGUGAGGGCCAAAAAGACGUACACUGGCCCGAUGCCACUUUUUGACCGCACAGUGCAGCUUCAUGUUAUUCAAGACUUGCACUGUUACCUGUGUGAAGUAAAGGUUGGCCCCAAAGUGAAACACUGUAGUAUUUGCAACAAGUGUGUGUCGGAUUUUGAUCACCACUGCAAAUGGCUGAACAACUGUGUGGGUGGCAGAAACUACAGGUACUUCUUUGCAGCCGUGACCUCUGCAGCAGUCGGCGCGGGCUUACUUGUCACUGUUAUCUUAUUUGUAUUUAUCCAACACUAUCUUGAUCCAAACGUCCUACGGUCCAACCCGCAAUUCCACAGUUUGCUGGCAAACGACACCUGGCUGGUGUUUUUACCAUCAGCCCCUGUGAAAACUAGUUCAGCUGGUCUCCUCAUAGUGGCCUUUGUUAGUGCCAUGCUGAGUCUGACGUGCUUGCUGCUUCUGUGGCACCUGCUCUGUUUCCAUUUCUACCUAUUGUGUAAAGGACUAAGCACGUAUGAGUACAUAAAGCUGCAGCGUCAAAAAGAAGCCAAAAGUGGAGACACUAAAGUGGGAAAUUCACAGGACCUGCCAAUAAGAAACAAGGUUCCACAGGUGACAAUUCCAAAGACUCCAUUGAACUCUAUGGAUUGUGAGCCCACACAGAUUCAUGGUGCAAGUACCCGCAAGCUUGAUGAUAAAGGACCACUUUCCAAUCGACUGUCAGAGCCCAUGUACACUGAGAUGGAAAACACCAAGAAGCAAUCAACAAUGAAAAACAGCUUCCAUCACGAAACACAGAAUUCUGCAGAGAAAGAGCCAGAAAGCGAGAUGAGCACCUCGAGAAGCUGGAAGGCUGAUGCCGGUGAUAACUUGCAGAAUGAAGGCAUCAAAUCACUGGAGAGCGUUCCAGAGGUGCAGGAUCCCCUUGGAAGCUUAGUGAUGACUCCGGAUGACACGUAACAGUCGGCAGUGCAUUGGGAUUAUACGUUCGCUCAGGGACACCUUGUUAAAAUGAGUUACCAUGGAGCCGUUGGUGUAAAUGAGGACAUCUUCAGUUUGAUACCAGUCAUGAAGCGUUUCUGAAGAGGACCCUCCUUUUUCAUCAUUACUUAACCUCACAUUGUCUUUUUUUUUUAAAUGUUGAAUUAUGUCAACUAAUUUUUCAUGUUAUGGACUUGUAUGGCGGUCCAUCUUCAAUGUUGGCGUCUGUGCCAUUAAUCUUGGUCAAGUAGAUUUUUUUUGGCAUUUGGAGAGCUUUUAUUUAUUUUCCAAACAAAACCUGUUCCAAGUACAUGGCAGUAACGCUUAAAUCAUGUAAUUUUAUCUGCCGGCGAAAGAAACGACCUUGUAUGGUCAAAUAGAUCCGUGUCUUGAGAGGUAUGGUGGAGCACAUUCUAGUGGAAGAAGAAUGAGCAUAAUUUCUGUGUUUGAUGAUUAUUACAUAUUGAUAAUUGUGUUAGUGUUGUUUCAUGUCAUAGUAAAGAAUCAAGAGCAAUCAUUUUCGUGAUCCCUUACUUACUUUCCAACUGGAAGUGUCUGGGACAGACAUUCUCAAAAUUUAGAGGAGACAUUUUACCAAGGGUCGAAUGCCAGUUAAACAUAACAUGUGCUCAGGGGGCACAUCCAACAAAUAGAGCACCCAUGGCCCAAAUUGGAAUACACGUUAUUAUGAUACAUAUGACCAGAUAAGCACUACACGGUGCAAUAAAUUAGGGGUGUUAAAAUGUGGUUAAAAAGAGCAAACGGGCACAUAAAAGGCAGGCCAAAAAGUAGAGGCAUACAUAUACACCCAGUGCCUUGUGGGGUCUGCCACAUGCGUUUUCCUAAUUGUCCCCAAAAUUAAUAUUACAAUUUUUGGGGAGAAAGAGUGAGAAUAAAUGUGUAUUUUGUGAAGUAAAUAAACUUGUAAUCUCAAAAAGGUUUUGUCAUUUGUGUAAAGUUGUAAUGUUAAGAGCAUCACGUUAUUCAACUUUAAGUUGUAAUAUGAUCUGUCAAAGGUUAGAGAAGAAAGUAUUAUGUUAGUGGAUUUAUGAAGUGCAAUUUGAUUCUUGUAAUAUUGCACCUUCAAUUCUGGGAAAGAUGUUUUAUUU